AUGACGGUUACAAGAUUCACAAAUUGCCAUUUGAUAGAUAACGGAAAAGUUUACCAUGACCAGGAUCUUUACUUUGAUAAUGAGACAAGAAAGAUUUGUUCCGCACCUGCCUCAGCAAAUGAAAUAUCAAACACCAUCAACUUGAAAGGACAGAUGUUGGCACCUGGUUUGCUCGAUAUACAGAAUAACGGAAUCUACGGUUUGAAUUUCUCAAACUUGAAUGACAAGUCUUCGGCUCUGGAUAUUGCCGAUUUCAAGAGAUUUUACCAAGAUGCCAUGGCAAAGUACUUGACAACGGGUGUUACAGCUACUUGCCCCACCGUUACAUCCAAUUUCCCAAGCGUUUACCGCAAGGUGCUUCCCAUAUACAAACCAUCGAGAUUAGAAGAUCAAACCGACUCGCUUGGUGCACACUUGGAAGGCCCAUUUAUCAACUUGCAAAAGAAAGGUUGCCAUCCAACAGAAACUUUUGUAGAUGCAAAGGGAGGCGAAAGGAAAUUGCUUGAAGUUUAUGGAAGCUCAGAGUCAUUACGUGACAAUGUGUGCAUCAUUACUGCAGCACCCGAAAUUGACGGCGUACUUGACUUGAUACCAUUCAUCACAAAACACAAUAUUGUAUAUGCCAUUGGCCAUACCAUGACGGAUUAUGAAACCGGGGUGAAGGCAAUUGAGAAAGGAUGCACAAUGAUUACACACAUGUACAAUGCUAUGCCGCAGCCACACCACCGUAAUGCUGGAGUAGUCGGCUUGAUCAAUCUUCCCAACGGUGAAGGUACCAACACCGUUUCUCCUUCUCCCUCUAUUGCUUCAGCAAAGGAUAAAACACCUUAUUUUGGUUUGAUUUGUGAUGGGGUACAUGUUGAUCCUUCGAUGGCAAACCUUGCGUAUAGAUCCAACCCUGAAAAAUGUGUUUUAGUCACGGAUGCUAUGCACUUGAUUGGUUUGCCAGACGGCGAAUACAAAUGGGAUGGACAGAUCAUUGUAAAGACUGGCGAUAGACUCUAUUUAAAAGGAACAGAUACGUUGGCCGGUGCUGCAACCACAUUACCUCAAUGUAUUCGAAAUUUGAUGAAAUGGGCCAAUAUUUCAUUGGCAACUGCAGUGAAGCUCGCUACAAACAAUGCUGCUUUGUCCAUUGGUGUUGAAAAGGAGCGCGGAUACUUGAAUGUUGGCUGCGAUGCCGAUUUCAUCGUUUUAAACAAAGAGGGAUACGUGACAAGGGUGUUUAAACUCGGAAAUGAAAUCAAGUCGUCAGAUCUUUCGGUGGGCGAUUCAUCGUAUCCAGCAGAGUCCAGACUAGCCGCUGCUUUGUAG